CCGGACAAGUUCUGCUUAAAAACCUGUAUCCACGAUGCUAAAAGUCAACUCGAGAUCUUUGACCAUGCUCGUCAAGUGUAUGAAGUGAUGUCAAAACGCCGUGUAAACACUAGUUUAAGCCGGUAAAACCGGAGUAAACCGAUGUUUACACAGCACUUGAAUCAGUAGUUAUAAAAUUGGUAGUCAUAAAACCGAUGUAAAACAGAGCGUGUAAAUGUAUGUUGAGUACUAACUGAUUUUCACCACUCAUAUCUUCUCUUGUCCAUAUCUUUUAUUAAAGAUAUUUUUGCCGGAUUUCAGAUAACAUUUCUUGUAUAAUAGAAUAAUUUGAAUGAUGUUAUGUCAAUUGUGCCGGAAACACAUUUUUGUCCCACUGUUAACUAUUUCACGAAAUAUGGAAAAUAUGAGGUGACAUUAGAUCAAAGGAAACUGAAAACACCGAAAGGACAAAAUUUUGAUGUUAAUAGUAAGCCAUUGGCACUAGCUGUAGCCACUGAAUGGGACAGUCAAGAAGAAACAAUUAAUCGAAGUAAUAUGCAUUUGACUGCAUUAUGUAGCACUGUAUUAGAUAAUCCUAAUAAUCAUCAAAAAGUGGAUAUCAUCAAUUAUAUUGUGAAUUAUUUGGAAACUGAUACAAUUCUGUUUCAUUCGAGCGAAAUCGAUGAUCUGUAUAAACUGCAAACACAGAGGUGGGACCCUUUAAUUCAAUGGUUCUGUGAUCGACUUCAAGUUAAUAUUAUUAAAACCCAGAGCAUAGAAACUCCAAUUGUGCCCCCUGAAACUAAGAAUGCUCUGAAAAGGCAUCUGACAUUUUAUAACGAUAAUGCAAUACAAGGAUUUAUGUACGGAGUUGACAUAUUGAAGUCGGUAAUUCUUACAUUAGCUGCUGCUGAACGUGCAAUUACUGUUCAGGAAGCAGUUAAACUUUCUCGCUUAGAAGAAGAAUAUCAGAUUUCACAUUGGGGAACAGUGGAAUGGUCGCAUGAUCUCAGCAAAGAAGAUAUGCAAGCACGUUUAGCAGCAGCAAUAUUAUUUAUACAUUUAAACUCAACGUCAGUAAGUCAUCAGCCAAAGAUUGAGUUCCAGUAAUGUGUAAAUGAAUGUAUAAAUUUUUAUUUACUAUUUAGUAUUGCACUUGUACAUACUUUUCUUCAGGAUAUGAGGAUUCGCUAGAAAUAAUGUGAACAAAUUUCUUAAAUUUCUUAUAAAUAUUUUAAAAAUG